AAGACGAGGUGGAAGGAGUAAACGAUCGACGAGUGCGAAUGCGGAUAGACGUGCAACCUGAGGAGGAGGAGGGUAUCCCAAUGGUUGAUCUGGUUUCAGAUGUGGAGGAAAAUAGCGACGAGGAGCCGACUCUGAGCGAAGCCGACACAGAAAUUUACGCACCUCUACAAGCAAACGACCUGGAUGAAUCAGAAUAUGGAGAAGAAGAAAAUGAGGAGGAGGAAAACGAAGAAGAACAAGAAGAAGAAGAUAUAGAGAAGGAGAAGAAGAUGACGAUAACGAUGACGAGGAAGAAGACGAUGGCGAAGAAAACAGGAGAAGAGCCUUUGAGCAAAUGUGCGACGGCCUUUUAG